AUUAUGUGACGAAAGUCGAUGAGAAGAAGACAUUUAUCAAAAUGAAAACAUUUCAAACUAUUCUAUUUUUAAUUUAUUUUGAGUGCGUGUACAGUUAUUUUACCUUACCAGGAAAUUGUCCUGAGAAUGUGACAUUACAGGAAAAUUUUAGUUUGGAAGAGUUUGGUAAAACCUGGUACCAGGCCUAUCAUUAUUCUAGCGAUGGUCAACUUUUGAACAAUUGUUCUACAGUUGAAUUAUUAUACAAACCAAGUGGGAUUUAUGUCAACAUCUCGAGAGUUGAUCGUGGCCUUUUCCAUCGACAAAGUAUUGGUCAACUGAAGCUUGUUUCGCCCAAAAAUGGAGCUUCAUCUGAUUUUGAAUUAACUUUCACGUUUGAAAAUGCACCAAGAAGAUUGAAAGUAAGAAGGUACCCAUUCCAAGUUUUGGCAACUAAUUACAAAUAUUACGCGACUUUAUACACUUGUCAAUACAGUCCUUUGAUAAACAAACACUUCAUUUAUAUAUGGAUCCUGUCUCGCAAUCCGACAUUAAAUGAUGUAUCUAAAGAGUUGGCUCAGAAACCUCUGACACAACUUGGUAUCAACACGAAUAACUUGGUGAAGGAAAGUUGGUCAAAAUGUUCGCCCAAAUAUUACGAAUCUCAGGCCACGGAUCCUAGGACUUUCAGAUUCUCUGUUCCAAUAUAAACAAAUAUUAAAUAAUUUGAAAACA